AUGAAGGGCCGUUUCCUUCAGGAAAGGAUUUGAACCUACAGAAAAUACAUGAAAUGAAAUAGAAAAAAAUUCAGAUCACGUUCUGAGAAAACGCAAAUUAGAAGAUCAGAGUUAGAAGACUGACAUUGAUAUACGUAUAAAAGUACAGAAAUGGAAAGUUUAUUGCGAAAAAAUAAAUCCAAAAUCUAUUAGAGAGGCUUAUUAGCUAUGUGACUAAAGAGUCAACACAAAACCAAAACCCCGAACACUGCAACAAGUGUUCCGGUCUUAGUGGACCAGCAGGGAUUGUGCCCCAGCUAGUGUGAUGGCUGGAUGGCUAAGGAGUUAAAUUGACUGCUGAGCAUGUGCUCCUAUUUUUGUGUUCUUUGCAGUUAGAUUAGUUGGUUAGGUGAAAGGACAAGGAUUUGUUCUAGCAGCGCAAGUGCUAAGACUGUAUGUAGGUCUUACCAGAUACUUUUACUGAGAGACUUUUCCUGAAUGCUGUAUAUAAUUCAGAAGAGAAAUCUGUAGUGAAGCUGGGCUCUAAAGAAAACAAAAAACAUAGGGGUACCUCGGUACUCGUCCUUAAUUCCUUCCGGAACUCGUGACGAGUCCAACACCGACGAGGACUGAAUGAUGUAGCAUUUUCUCUUGCGGGAUGGCGUCGUGACUCAUGCAAGUCCUAGCAAGAGCGAUGAGUUCCAAGCAAGUGCCCAGUGCUGAAACAUUUUUUGGUUCGUCAAAAUGUGAUGAGUACACAGUCUGACAAGGUCUGAAGCGGACGAGUAAUGAGGCUUGGUACCUUGAGCAAGGGGCUGCUCACUUCUGGCAGAGGACUGACAAAAGGCUCCCAGAAUCCUGCAAAUCAGAGAGUCUUCCAUAUUCAUGAAGCAUGUUCACCUAUACACGUGAAUCAUGUGCGAGAUAAGUUGCGGGAGAUAGUAGGAGCAUCCACAAACUGGAGAGACCAUGUGAAAGCAAUGGAGGAAAGAAAAUUACUUCAUAGUUUUUUGGCUAAGUCACAGGAAGAACUGCCACCUAGGAGAAUGAAAGACAGUUAUGUCGAAGUUCUCUUGCCUUUGGGCAGUCAGCCUGAAUUACGGGAGAAAUACUUGACUGUUCAAAACGCCUUAAGAUUUGGCAGGAUUCUUGAGGAUCUUGACAGCUUAGGAGUUCUUAUUUGCUACAUGCACACCAAAAUGCAUUCAACUAAGACGUCUCCUUUAUCGAUAGUUACAGCUCUGGUGGACAAGAUUGACAUGCGUAAGAAGAGCGUAAGCCCAGAACAGGAUAUCAAGUUCAGUGGCCACGUUAGCUGGGUUGGGAAGACAUCUCUGGAAGUGAAGAUGCACAUGUUUCAGUUACACGACAAUGAAUUUUGUCCUGUUUUGGAAGCAACAUUUGUAAUGGUGGCUCGUGAUUCUGAAAAUAAACGGUCGGCCUUUGUAAACCCACUCAUCCCUGAAGGCCCCGAGGAAGAAGAGCUCUUUAGACAAGGAGAAUUGAAUAAGAGGAGAAGGGUUGCCUUUAGCUCCACGUCAUUACUGAAAAUGGCCCCCAGUGCCGAGGAGAGGACGACCAUCCAUGAGAUGUUUCUUAACACGCUGGAUCCAAAGACUAUAAGUUUUCGAAGUCGAGUUUUGCCCCCUAAUGCAGUGUGGAUGGAGGAUUCAAAACUGAAGAGCUUGGAAAUUUGCCACCCUCAGGAGAGAAACAUUUUCAAUCGGAUCUUUGGCGGUUUCCUUAUGAGGAAAGCAUAUGAACUUGGAUGGGCUACUGCUUGUAACUUUGGUGGUUCCCGACCGUUUGUAGUAGCAGUGGAUGACAUCAUGUUUCAAAAACCUGUUGAGGUUGGAUCAUUGCUGUUCCUUUCUUCCCAGGUUUGCUUCACGCAAGGCAGUUACAUUCAAGUCAGAGUCCACAGUGAAGUGUCGUCCUUGCAAAAUAAAGAGCAUACGACCACCAAUGUCUUUCACUUCACGUUCAUGUCGGAGACAGAAGUGCCGCUUGUUUUCCCCAGAACAUACGGAGAGUCCAUGCUGUAUUUAGAUGGGCAGCGGCAUUUUAACUCCAUGAGUAUUCCGACGACCUUGAGCAAGGACUACCUUGUGGAGCCCUAGGGAAACCCACGCUUGGCGAAGAGCAGCCUUUCUCGGUGCCGCAGUGCCUGAUGAAGGCCUCAUCACGUAUAUUGGUUUCAGUGUUUUUAUGCCCAUUCUCCGUAGAGAAGAAGAACGCAUUCAGAUUCUAGGGUGAUUAGAAAAGCAGAACGAGAGACUGGCUGGCUGGGGCAGAGGGAGAAAGUUAUUCCAUAAUAAACAGUUUAAAUUGUGAACCUGCCACGUUGCUUCCUAUCUACUGAAGAAAUGAGAACAGAUGCCUUU